UAGCUUCGCAAUGCUGCCCAAGGAUGACAAGAAGAAGAAAGAUGCCAGAAAGUCGGCCAAGAAAGACAAAGACUCAGUGAACAAAUCUGGAGGCAAGGCCAAAAAGAAGAAGUGGUCCAAAGGCAAAGUUCGGGACAAGCUCAACAACCUAGUCUUGUUUGACAAAGCUACAUAUGACAAACUCUGUAAGGAAGUUACCAACUAUAAGCUUAUCACUCCAGCUGUGGUCUCUGAGAGACUGAAGAUUCGAGGUUCCCUGGCCAGGGCAGCCCUUCAGGAGCUCCUUAGUAAAGGCCUUAUCAAACUGGUUUCAAAGCACAGAGCUCAAGUAAUUUACACCAGAAAUACCAAGGGUGGAGAUGCCCCAGCUGCUGGUGAAGAUGCAUGAACAAGAUGAGCAGGAACUGAGGGACUCAACUGUAAGAAGUACACAUUCCCUUUGCAAGGCUAUAGUUUUGACUCUUUAAUUUUUUUUUUACAGGUC